UUCUAUUGACAAUAACGCAACACCUGCAGCUCCAACAUUGAAGGAUGGAAGAUACAUGGUUACUACGUAAAAUCAGCUGUCAACAAUUAUCGUUGUUCUGUCAGAAUUAUGCGUAUCCUCUGUGGCAUUUCAGCACUUUCGGAGCGUAAAACAGCAGCGUAAGGCUGCAGAAUUCGUGAUAACGUGCGCUUUGGUAACAUUCGUAUGCUUUUGAUUUUCGCCUCGACACAAUACGAGAACAAUGACGCUUCGGAGAUGCUUAGUACUAAAGCAAGACACAAUGCCUACCGUGUUAGUUAACGUGCAGUGCGUAAAUUGUGAAAAUGUCAGUUUCGUAAAGUGAAAAAAUGCAGGAAAGGGUAAAGAGCCCAGCGACCUAAUGCUUUUCGUUUCAUCACAAGUGAUUACAAAAAUAAAGGCGGGGACAUUUGAAAAUCAUUAUCGGUCACAUCAUACUAUUAGAAAAACACUUUUGAAGAAGAGGUUAGAACUGCAGGACAAAGUCAAUUUAUCGAGAGACGUUUGCGUUACAGGCACCCCUUGCCUUGAUCAGCAUGAACAGAGAAAGUCACCAACUUAAAUGCAGUUGUUGCCAGUGUAAAAGAUUUGCAGUUCUUGUUCCAUGUAUUUUAUAUACAGGUCUGGUAGUCUUAGCUUUCGCUGCUCCAAUUUCUUUGAGAUCAUCAUCACUGAGAGUAUAUGACGAAGCAGUGGUGCUAGGAUACCGGAGUCUGGAAUCACUACAUGACCAUGGUAGCAGCAAUCCACCGCUUCUCCUCGAUGAUAAUAGCUUGAAUGAUGAUCCUCGGCAGUCGCAGGAGAUACUAAAAAAUGUCUUCAACAGAGCAGACCGUGACCACGAUGAACGCCUAACGCUUUUGGAGCUGUCCGACUGGAUUGAUAUUCGCAUCCGGGAGCAUAUCGACCAGGCCUUACUAGAAAAUGAGAUACUUUUUACUGCCAUAGACGUACAACCUAGGGAUGGAUCAGUUAGCUGGGAUGAAUAUCAUCGGUAUUUCCUUAAGCAACAUGGACUCAGUCAUCAGUAUGCAGCGAAGCAUGAUGAGAAACACCACAACUUGGCACGCUCCAUAAAAGAGACCAUCAUGAGAGACAGAGCAUCAUGGUCUGAGGCUGCUCGAUCCGAUCCUGAACGUCUAACUCUGGAUGAAUUUCUUGCAUUCCGCCAUCCUGAAUCCAGCCGUGCCACUGUCAUGUCUUUGGUUGAGGAGCUACUUGACAAAUUUGAUCAUGAUGGUGACGAGUUCCUGACAGAGGAGGAAUUCUCGAGUCUUCCACAACAACAGCUAGGGCUAGCUGCUGCUGCAGCUGCUGAUGAUAGUGCGGGCAAUGUAGUGGAAGAACAACGACGAUCAGAAUUUCGGCAGUUAGUGGAUCGAGACAGAGAUGGACGAGCUGAUCGCCACGAACUGUUGAUGUACAUGGACCCACGAAAUCCACGACACGCACGUCAGGAAGCUUCGCAGUUGCUUCAGCUUGCUGACACAGAUGCAGAUGGCGCUGUGAGUCUAAUGGAAGUACUGGCUCAUGCAGGACCCUUCCUCAACAGCAAGAUGGUCGAUACAGCUCGAUCUUUCCAUGAUGAGUUCUAGAUGAAUAAUGAAAUGAGGAGACUGUACAUUCAGAAAUGUAAACUGUAUUGAUGUAUUAAGUAUGAUGUCGAUUAACAAACUUUACUAUGUUUGAAUUAUUUGUGUUUGGAUUACUGCACAAGCAACUGAAAAAACCUUGAUGAACUGAAGUUUUGCAUUCUUUUAAUAUCUUGAAUCCCAUUAUAAGAUUUUGGAACUGACAAUUUAUUAAAUGAUUAGCUAUUUGUUCACCAGUAAGGGGGCUGAAUUACCUGAAUAACUAUCCGUCUGAAGUUGAGAUGGAAUUGAAUUUAACUGUUUGUCGUGUGUCAUUACAAGUAUGGUUCCCCACUUGUAUCUGUAGCAUCUUUUCAUCACCCAUUAAAUAUUCAGCAGAAAGCUA